GCUGCACAUUCAGUGAUUUUUGAUGCAUAUUAAAAUAUUGUAUUCUAAAUACAACCCGUAAAAAUAGUUCUUAUUCUUAGUGACCUAAUAUAACAUUUUCCUAGUAAAACAAUUUUUAAAGUGUAUAGUUUUAAUUAUUUAUUUUUUUCUUAUAAAUAAAUAAAGAGAUUACCAUUCACUAAAAAUGGUUUCUGAAAAACAUUUGGGACAUUAUGUUUAUGAGUGUUUCAAAAAGCGACCAAAAGACCUAUGUCAGGUAGACGCCGCUACAGGUCUGUCGGAAACAAAUGGUUCAGUGUUAGCGCGAUCCGUUCGAUUAGGAAGAAGCUUGAUAAAAUAUGGAUUGGUGCCUGAGAAAGAUAUCGUAGCUUUGAGCGGGAGAGGCCAUCUGGACCUCCUUAUUCCUUACUACGCUGCUUUAUUCAACGGGCUGCCAUUGCUCGGAGUCGAUGUUUUGUACAAACUUGAUGAAAUUAAGCAUAUUCUUAAAUUGACUGCUCCAAAAAUUGCAUUCUGUGAGCCAGAAGCCUAUGACAAAUAUAUCCAGGCGUCUCUAGAGAUUGGAUUGGAUAUCAAGAUUGUCACAUUCGGUGACGGACCCAACUGUAUGAAUGCAUUCAUUGAACAAUAUCCGUACUCUGAGCCAGAUGAAGAUUUUCAGCCGGUUUCAGUUGAUAUAGACAGAUCAUUAAUCUGGUUGUCGUCUACCAGCGGAUCGACCAGUACAUUCAAGGUAGCCGCCUUCACGCAUCGACCAUGGCUAAAUGCCGUAUUUGAAAUAAUCGAUAUGAAUGUAGUCUAUGAAAAUAUAUUUGAUAAUUCUACCGCAUCCAAGCCCAGUUUAAAUUUGUCGCCAAUUAAUUGGAUUAGUGGUAUUUUGAAUCCAAUUAUCGCGCCACUGUCAAACCAAUAUAAUGUUCAAACAUCUGCACCUGUCACUUCUGAACACGCCAUAGAAAUCAUAAAUAAAUACAAGCCUGUUAAAGCCAUGUUGGGACCUUCAAUUUUAUCCUAUAUAUUAAAGCAAAGUAACAAAUGUGAUUUCACAUGCUUCGAUCUACUCACACUUGGAGGAGCGAAAGUUAAUCCAGAACUGUUAAAUGAAAUUAGGAAAAGGAUUCGGAAAGGGGCAAUGUGUUUUGAAAUGUACGGGCAAACGGAAACUAUUGGUCCUUUAUUUUAUCCUAAUCCUAAUACGCCUAUUGGAAGCUGUGGUAGCCCAAACACUAAAGUUUACAAGAUCAAGUUGAUCGAUCCAGAUACUAGUAAGGAGGUGAAAGAACCAAAUGUCAAAGGAGAAUUAUGGACUUUGGGCAGAAGAUUUGAGUGUUAUUACAAUGACCCCGAAAAGACGGCUGAGUCAUUUUCACCUGAUGGUUGGUACAAAACUGGUGAUAUCUUCUAUAGAGACGAACACGACAACUAUUACUUCGUUGAAAGAAGCAAGAGGAUUAUUAAAUAUCAAAGUUACCAUAUAGCACCCGGGGAACUCGAGAACCUGAUUCAAUCACACCCUGGGGUCUUAGACGUGUCCGUAACUGGAAUACCUCACGCUGACGACGGAGAGCAUGCGGUAGCAUGUGUGGUACGAAAACCAGGUUCCGACGUCACCGCUCAAGAAAUUAAAGAUUUAGUUCUUAGUAAAUUAUCGGAGAAGAAACAAUUACGCGGUGGCGUCAUAUUUUUGGAUGCUCUGCCUAUGACCUCAAACGGAAAAGUUAUGUUAGCCAAACUGAAAGAAAUCGCAUUAAAUUCAAUUAAAGAUUAAUAUUUUCGCAAAUUAGGUCAAUUUGUCAUAUUAUACGAU